AGCAAAAAAGAAAAAAAGAAAAAAAAAAAGAAAAAGAGGGUUUGGAAUGGAAUUCCGAUUUGCAUUCAUUCACCCAAAUGAUAGAAUAGGAAUUAUAGAAGAGACUCCGUGAAGUAGAGCUCGGUUUUUUUUUUUAUUUUCUUUUUCUUUCUAAGUUUUAUUGUUGUUAUUUUUUUUUUUUUAAUUUUCCUCUUUCUCAGUGCCUCCCAUUCUUUCGUGUCUUAGAUCCUCCAAAAUUUCUUCUGACAUUUUUUUUUUAAUUUUUUGAGGGAGGAAAGUUCACUGUUUUCAAGUAUGAGUGAUUUACAUUCGUGGAAUCGCUUUUGAUUGCUUAUUAUUUUGGUGGGUUUUUGAUGAUUUGGUUCUUUUUUUGGAGAUUGAAGAGGAAUUGAGGUUCUUUUAUGGUUUACUACUGAUGAUGAUUGGGGCGAUGGUGAAGAAGAAGAAGAAGGUGUUCUUUCUUUUGACUAAUGAAAGGGUUCAGUUAAUGGAAGAAAAUGAUAUCCUCAUUCCCCAUUUUUGCUGCUGCUUGUGAUUGUCAAUGAGGCAAAGGAUUGCUGUAUGGUAAAAAGAUUGUGGAACAACGAGAAAGGAUUUGGGGUUAAUUUUCUUCUCGCUUUUGAGCUUGUUUUCUUCUUUUGAGGGUUUUGGAAAAUGCCGAUGUACCAGCCUUCCGGUCGGAGAAGGGAGGAUGAUACGGAGCUGGGUUUAGGUGGUGGUGGGCAAGUUCUUGAUGUAGAAACCGCCGUGAAAGAUGGUAUUCUCGGUGGCGGCGGUGGAGGCGGUGGGUUAAUUUGUGAGGGUGGAAUGACUGAGAAAUUGGAUCUGAAGGAGAUAGUGGAGGAGCUUGAGAACAUUGAGGUUCCUUCGGUGUUUAUUUGCCCAAUUUCAUUAGAGCCAAUGCGAGAUCCUGUGACCCUUUGUACUGGACAGACCUAUGAACGAUCUAAUAUCUUGAAAUGGUUUUCUCUUGGCCAUAUAACAUGUCCCACCACAAUGCAAGAGCUUUGGGAUGAUUCGAUCACUCCCAAUAACACUCUUCACCAACUCAUUUACAGUUGGUUUUCCCAGAAGUAUUUGGCUAUGAAGAAGAGGUCUGAGGAUGUGCAGGGGAGGGCUCUUGAGCUCUUAGAUACAUUGAAGAAGGUCAAGGGCCAAGCUAGAGUCCGAGCUUUGAAGGAUCUUCGCCAAGUUGUAGCUUUGAAUUCGGCAAAGAGCACUGUGGAAGACAAUGGUGGUGUUGCUUUGAUUUCAUCUUUGUUGGGUCCUUUCACAUCCCACGCGGUUGGCUCUGAAGCACUUGGGAUUUUGGUGAACUUGGAUCUUGAUGCCGAGUCAAGGAGAAACCUUGUUCAACCUGCUAAGAUUUCAUUAAUGGUGGACAUGUUAAACGAGGGAUCCACAGAUACCAAAAUCAACUGCACCAGAUUGAUCGAAACAUUGCUCAAUGGGGACGAUUGUGGAACGGACACUGUCUCGAGUUUAAGUCUCUUGGUUGGAUUGUUGAGAUUAAUCAAAGAAAAGAAACACCAAAAUGGUGUUCUCGCUGGAUUAAGAUUGCUAAAAGCUCUGUGCUCCCAAGAACCAGUGAGGAACUCAUUAGUGAGCAUUGGCGCAAUCCCUCAGUUGAUCGAAAUUCUCCCCAAUUUCGACCCUGAAUGUUUGGAACUAGCCCUUCACGUAUUGGACUCACUCUCAUCUCUCUCGGAGGGCAGGGUGGCCUUGAAAGAUUGCCCCAACACCAUUCCAAACUUAGUCAAAUUAUUAAUGAGAAUCUCAGAGAGCUGCACUCAGCUGGCUUUAUCAAUUCUAUGGUCAGUUUGUAAACUUGCCCCUGAAGAAUGUGCAUCCCAAGCUGUGGAAGCAGGGUUAGCAGCCAAGCUUCUUCUGGUGAUUCAGAGUGGUUGCAACCCUAUUCUUAAACAACGCUCCGCCGAGCUUCUAAAGCUCUGCAGCUUAAAUUACACAGCAACCCUCUUCAUAUCCAAGUGUAAGCUUACAAGAACAAUACAAUAAGGAAGAAGAAAAAAAGAAAAAAGGCAAAAACCAGCCAAAUUGGAAUACAGAACCACCAUCGCUAUAGAGCUCCAUUUCCAGUUGAAGAAAAGAAAAACAAAAAACAAAAGCUUAUCAUAAGGAGCAGUGGGCAUUUUGACAUUUUUCAAGAAUAAGCCUGAGCAAAAAUGGCCAUUUAAAAUCUGAAAGCACAGACUAGAACAUGGCUUCUCAGUAAUAGAUUCUUAUGUGGAUAAGAUAAGAUAAGAUUCUUGUUAGCUUGAGUUUUGAAGAAAGAAUGAAAGUCUGUUUUUCCUGCAUUUAGGGUGCUCUUCUUCUUCUCCUUCUUUCUUCUUCCAUCUGGGGAUGAAUCAAUCAAAGUGGGGAAGAGGUGAGUUUUGAAGUCUCACCUUUGUAAAUUUUUGUAGAGCUUUUUGUUGACCUAUCAAAUCAAAUCUUUGUAAGAUGAUGAUGAAGAACAAUUUAUGAUCAAUAUUACUAUCAUUAUUAUUUUU